AUGACAAAAAAUAAAGAAAAAAGGAGAAAAAAAAUUGUUAAUGAAAACAAAAGCGAAUAUGAUUCGUAUAAAGUUAAAGGAAUCGAUGGUAAAUGGAGUUGGUUUGUUGUUUUUAAUUCGUUUGUUUGUAACAUGAUUGUCGAUGGAAUGCAAUACACAUUUGGUAAUUUUUUAAAUCCCAUAGCCGACGCAUUAGAAGCAAGCAUAUCGCAAACUACAUUAAUUGGUUCAAUUAUGUCCGGAUUUUAUAAUUUCAGCGGGCCGAUCGCCGGAGCUUUAGGAAAUAAAUUUGGAUUUCGCAUGGUUGCGAUCACGGGGUCAUUAAUUUCUUCUGCGGGUUUAAUGUUGUCUUAUUUUGCCGUUAACAUUUAUUAUUUAUAUUUUAUUUACGGAGUACUUGGAGGGUUGGGUUUUGGUAUGAUUUACAUGGCGUCCGUAUUGACAACAAGCGUGAAUUUUGACAAAUAUCGAGCAUUGGCUGUUAGCAUAUGCGUUUGUGGUACCGGAUGUGGUACUUUUUUAUUUGCACCUGUGGGUGAUUAUCUAGUGGUCACGAUCGGUUGGAGAUACGCUUUGGUAGUCGAAGGAGUUAUAAUACUAUUAUGCGUAUUAUGCGCUCUAUCAUUUAAAACAAUAGAAAUAUUUAAAGUGGUACCCUUAAGUCCGGAAGAGUCUGGAGCGUUAUCACGUAGCGCACACGAUAGUAUUCGUAUGUUACCAGAAAGAAGAAAAACUUUAGCAAACGAAGUUUAUCCGACGUAUAAAGAAGCAAUUUUAUAUCGUGAUAGCAUACUCGCUGCUCAAAACGAUCGUCACUCGACGAUAAUAUCAUUAUUACAAAAAAAUUCCGAACAAGAAUUAUCGAGCGUGGAAAACGUAUCGAAUUUGGGUGAAAAACCACCGCCGGUCCCUUUCCACUUUUCCAUAAUACAAACCCCGGAUGACACGCAAGAAAGAAAAAAAAUGGGAAAAUUUAAAAAAUUUUGCAACGUUUGUUGUUUUAAUUUUUGGAGAUGCAGUUAUAAACAAAAAGAAUUAACUAUAGGGGACCGUCCGAUGUAUAGGGAUGACGUUUUCUACGGUAAUAGUUUAUCAAAUUUGAAACAUUCACAUUCUGAGGGUCUACAGUAUCACAUGUCGGUAACGAGAGUUCCGGAUCCUAGAGAGAUAGAAGAACACAUGCAGAGAAAAUUUUGCGGGUGUCAAGCCGUGACGAGAACUAUUGUCACCAUGUUAGGAUUAAACCUUCUCAAAUCGAAAAUUUUCCUUUUUUUAUGCAUAUCAAGUUUUUUUUACACAAUGGGAUUAUAUGUUCCAUACGUUUUCGUUAAAAAUUUGGGUAUGGAAUGUGACAUACCUGAAAAUUAUGCUAUUUGGUUGGUAUCAGCAAUCGGACUCAGCAACACAGCCGGUCGAUUAUUAAGCGGAGUAAUAAAAAAUUUUAUCAACAUAAAUUCUGCCAUGUUUGCUCUUGUUUGUUUAUGUUUCAGCGGAAUAUACAGUACAAUAUUUUUUUUUUGUUGUAACAUUUAUUGCAUUGCCAGUUUUUCAUGCAUUUUUGGAAUUUUCACAGCUCCAUUUAUAUCGUUAAGGCCUGUAAUAAUCGUUGAUUUUCUCGGAUUGGAAAAAUUAACCAACGCAUUCGGUUUGGUUUUACUUAGUCAAGGCGUUGCUUCCGUUAUCGGACCUCCUUUAGCCGGUAUGUUGGUCGAAUCAACUUCGAAAUACAAAUACGUCAUGUAUUUUUCCGGUGGAUUGAUGAUGUUGUCAUCCAUAACACUUUUAAUAUCGACCGUUAUGAAUUUUUACAAAAACAAGUACAAAGAAAGGUCUUAA